ACCUGCUGAAAGAGAACAAGUGGGACGUGGUCAAAGACGCUGUAGUAAGUUUUGUUUUGUGCGUGCAGAGCUGUCAGCUGCACAUCUAUUGAGGAGCCUCAGUCGGUCACUCAGCAUAGUCGGAGACAUGGCCGCCAUGUUGUUUGAGGAGCAGUUCCGGUGCUGCAUCUGUCUGGAAAGCUUCACUGAACCUGUCUCCAUCCCGUGUGGACACAGUUUCUGCCUCAAUUGCAUCAAACACUACUGGGAUGCAAGGAGUAAGUCCGAGUGUCCACUGUGCAAAGAGACCUUCAGGCACCACCCCCCACUCAGGAUCAACCGGGUCCUGAGAGACAUCACUGAGCAAUUUAAAAGGUCCCAGAAUUCCAACAUAGAGCAGAUCGUGGAUGCCACCUUUCCCCACCAAAACCUCUGCGGGAAGCACAAUAGUCCCCUGGACAUGUUCUGCAACAGAGACCAGAUUCCAGUGUGUGUGAAAUGUGCACAGACGGACCACAAGGGCCACAGCAUCGUCCAUGUGGAGAUGGAGAGCAGGAAGAUCAAGACUCAGCUGAAGUCGACAGAAACAGAGCUUCAGAUGUUGAUCCAGGCCAGAUUGAAAAAGAAAGAGGAGAUCAAACAGUCUCUGGAGCUGAGCAAAAAAGCUGCUGAGAGGGAGAAGCAGGUCAGCAGUCAGGUCUUCAGCGCGUUGAUCAGCACCAUUCAGAGAAGGGAGGCUGAGCUCAAUGAGGAGAUCAAUGAGCAGCAAAAAGCAGCGGAGAGGAGGGCCAAUGAGCUCGUCAAAGAGUUGGAGAAGGAAAUCAGUGAACUUCAGAGGAGGCAAGCCGCACUGCAGCUUCUCGAGGAAACAGAGAACAAUCAUCAUCUCCUCCAGAGCUUCCCUCCUCUCAUUUCACCACUGUCCACCAAGAAGUGGUCGGAGGUCAGUUUCUAUGGAAACAUUUGUAUGGGAACAGUGAGGAGAGCCGUCUCACAGCUGGUGGAUUUCUGCCAAGAAUUGGACAAGAAAUUGUCCACAGAAGAACUGAACAAGAAUAAUCAGUAUGCAGUGGAUGUAACUCUGGAUCCUGAAACUGCUGCAGCCUGGCUGGUCCUGUCCCGUGAUGGAAAGCAGGUGAAGCUCAACUGCCAGAAGAACCCGGUCCUCAUCCCGCUCCCUAAUGAACCAAAGAGGUUUGACCCCUGUGUGGCUGUUUUGGGGAAACAAGGCUUCACCACUGGAAGACGUUACUGGGUGGUAGAGGUUGGGGAUAAAACAGAGUGGGACCUGGGUGUGGCCAAGGAGUCCAUCAACAGGAAGGGGAGAAUCACAGUGCGGCCCGACAAAGGUUACUGGGCGAUCUGCCGGCGGAAAGGCGGCAGCCUCAGCGCCUGCGCCGGCCCGUCCGUCACCCUCAACCUCAGGGACAACCCCCAGAAAGUAGGCGUGUUCCUGGACUACGAGGAGGGGACAGUCUCCUUCUACGACGUAGAGGCAAAGUGUCACAUCUAUACUUACAGCAGCUGUGCGUUCACCGAGGCCCUCUACCCAUACUUUAACCCCUGUCUCCGUGACAACGGGAAGAACAUCUCCCCGCUGGUUAUCUGUCCCGUUGAAGGAGGCGCUGUAGAAGACUUGCCAAGGCUUGAACAGAAUAUUGUGGAUGCACCUCUUUAAGGGCAAAGGGAAAGAGAUACAAUCCAUGAACAACCUAUUUCAUUAAAUCAUGUCAUUUAACAGAUUAUUAUUUUUUUGUCCAAUACUACUUUAAAUAAGUAUAUUCUGUCAACAGCAGUCAAACCUAUUGUAUAUCAUAUUCUUCCAAAGCUGAGCCUUCAAUAAGAAAAAUUACCAUGUGCAGAUUUUAUUGUUUACACACAAAACGUGAUACACAUCCAUUUAAUUGGGGGUGUGCAGAAAGUGACCUGUGACUACAUUUAAUAAAGCAGGAGAAAUGAUGUGGCAGAUUUACUUUUGGAUUUCUUGCUGUUGUAUGCUGUAAUUUUAUGGCACAUUGUCUCCUCUUGUCUGAGCGGUGUAUCUUGUUCAAAUUUUUGCCCUUGUUUCAAAGAAAUCAAAUAUUUUACUUGGCAGAAUGUUUUCAAUAAUUUAUUUUUAGCUUUAGCUACAGUUUAAAAAAUGAUGAAAGACAGAUUAAUACCAGCUCAUACUGUAUGGCUUACAAACUGUACCUUUUUAUUGAAGAAAAAGCAUUUUAUUUUGUUUCAUGAGAGAAAAAAAAAUUCCACUCAUCAGGCACUGCUGGUUUAAGUUACACUGCCGGUUUAUGUUACACUUGGGUGCUUUGUUUGUAUCACGUCAUGUCAUUGUGGACUGAGAAGUGGCAAAAACAUGAAUUUGUUGUGGAUAAAUGACUUUCACUGUGAUAACAGAAGAUUGUGUUGUACAGCAACUUGAAAAAUGUAAAUACAUGAACUUGAAAUGCAGGUA